UAUUUCCUGCGUGCAAUUUGCAUAUCGCGUGAAUGUCGUACUUAUCCAUCCACAUGUACGCAUCGUGUCGUCAUUGCAUCCAGCGUUUGAUCAAUUCGAACUCCAUGACUACUCUUUUACGGGGGGAUUGUCGUUUCUCCGAUUAAAAAGACGUCGCAUCUUUAUCAGUAUUGUUCUCGCAAUUAUGGUGAAAUUAACGACGGAUAUUGUCGAGAGAAAAUGUUCUCAGAUAUUAACAAACAAAUCGCUGAGUAAAACGAUAAAAAAGGCGGAGUUGUGCAAGUUGACUCAUUUACGUAUGAACGACAUGUUCAUCAGCAGUAUCGGCAGAUUUGACGUUUGCAGAAACCUGAAAGUUAUAUAUCUUCAAAAUAACAACAUAUCAAAAAUAAAGAACUUAAAUUUCGCGUGUAACUUGACGCACUUGUACCUGCAACACAAUGUCAUAACGAAACUGGAAAAUCUGGAAUCUCUGCGGAAUCUUGAAAAGCUGUAUUUGGGACAUAACAAUAUCGUUGUAAUCGAGGGAUUGGAGACCAUGACAAAAUUGCAAGAAUUGCACGUCGAGAGUCAAAAGAUACCGCCCGGAGAAUCGUUGUGCUUCGAGCCACGCAGCGCUCUUACCUUAUCCACGUGUCUCAAAGUUCUCAAUAUUUCUGACAACAAGAUGACAUCGUUGAGAGCUUUAACGGGAUUUGACGAACUACAUACGUUAGAGGCAAGACACAAUCUUAUCGAUGAUAUAGACGAUUUAACUGCAACAAUAAGCACGUUGAUUUCCCUGAAGGAUCUGUCCUUGCAAGGCAAUCCCGUUACAUCAUCCUACAGAUACAGAGAAAAUCUUAUCGCCAAUAGCGUCUCAUUAGCUAAUCUCGAUGGGAAAAUCGUGACCGACGUUUGUCGAAGUUUCAUGAAAAACUUCCAAGUGGAAAAACAUAAUCGAAACACAAAGAAAACAACUAAAACAUCACUGGGGGAUGAUAUAACAAGUUCUCUCAACUUGCCGCCGGCCUUCAAAAGAUCUAUCUCGAGAGUCAUUUUUCAGCGUCCCGAACCGCAGUUAUCGAUAACGAUCACUCCCGGAUCGGUGGGAAGUCAACUGCACGCAUUCCCGUCUUGGAAAUCAAGUACACGAGGAAAGAGAUAAAGAUCAUUCGCCAUUAUAUUAACACAUUUUAUAUCUUUUUUUUUUUUUCUAUAUAUUUUCUUGUACACAUAUAUGUUUUUUGUGUGAAUAUAUAUAUGUA